GGCGGCAGGCGAGAGUGGCCUCCGCUCCGCCCCCCCCAGAGGAGGAACAAGAGAAAUGAGAGUCCCAGGCCGAGCUGACGGAGCGGGCCAGGCUGGGGCUUUCAAGCAGAGCACCCGGAGCUACCCAGGUUCGACCUCAGCAUGGAAUCCCUCUUCCACCCUUGUAAACACAUCCUUAGUUUUAGCCACCCAGCCUAUGUGAAGAAGAAACCAAAGUAAGAAGCGACUGGGGGCCUUAGCGGCGUAGGAUGGAGGUGAACAAGCUCCGCCCAUACUCUCUGAUUGGCUCCGGUAUCGGACCCGUCUCUUCCUGGCACUCUCAUUGGCCUACACGGAGCCGGCUGGGGUGGAGGUCGCACCGCCCCCCGUGCGCUCCUCAUUGGCCUAGGGGUGUGGCUCUCUCUAUCUCGGCGCUUUCAUUGGCUAGGCGCAGGCGUUGGAGGCGGAGACUCGUCGGGGCGAAGACAACAAAGGUGACGGGCAGCGGGCCGCGGUGUUCGCGUCUCCCGUGCUGUGUUCCGCUGAGGCGCUCGGGCCUCCUACCAGCCCCGCUCCAGAUGAAGUGUGAGCACUGCACGCGGAAGGUGGGUGCUACGGAAUGUAGUAAAAAAACAAAAACCGAUGACCAAGAGAAUGUGUCAGUUGAUGCACCAAGCCCUGCCCUGGAAAAUGGAGAGAAGGGAGAGUUCCAUAAGUUAGCUGAUGCCAAGAUAUUUCUAAGUGACUGCCUGGCAUGUGACAGCUGCGUGACUUCAGACGAAGGGGCCCAGCUUUCCCAGCGGAGCACCAAGGUCUUCUUCCGUGUCCUGAACCUUAAUAAGAAAUGUGAUACCUCAAAGCACAGAGUGCUGGUAGUGUCUGUGUGUCCUCAGUCUCUGCCUUACUUUGCUGCUAAAUUCAACCUCAGUGUCACAGAUGCAUCAAGAAGGCUCUGUGGCUUCCUCAAAAGUCUUGGUGAGUCACCUUCUGGCAGUAGUGUGGUUUUAUACCUUGAGUUCAUGAAGGGCCCUUUCUAUCUCUGAAGUUAAAAUUUCAAGGACACGGGAGAGAUAAACUCCCAGGAGAGUCUCGUGGAAUGAAAAAUGACCCCGACCUAUGUUUUGUGAAACCAGUCUCCCAUCGAUGGUAGGCAGGUGUCAUGUUACCCUGUUCAUGUGUAGAUGGGUGUUCUGUUACAAUGAAGCUAACCCCUGUAGAUCGAGAAGUGACCACCUGCAGGCAGUAUGGACAGGGACAUCUGGGAAGCUCCCACCCUUACCCUGCAGUCCCCACGUCACUCCAGUUCACAGGGUGUUUACUUGAGAAAAUCACUUCUGAAAUGUUUAGUGUCCACUUGCCCAGAAGCUCUCUCAGGAGUGGAGCAGGAAGGAAAUGAGCAUGUUUGGGGUUUUUGUUUUUUGUUUGACACUGGAGAUUAACCCAGGGCCUCGAUGGCGAAGCAAGCACCCUACCACUGAACUACAUACAUCCCCAACCCCAGACCUGUGUUCCUUACAUGAGGAAUGAAAGGUGGUGACUUCGUAAUACAAUCAAAGAACUCUUAUGUGAACGCUGGUAUUUUGGGGAUGCCCAAAAUGCCAAAAGUACUUCUGCACCUUCUGCUUUGGUCAGGCUAACCUGCCUCAGUCUGGCCGAACCACCCAUUUGCUCUGUGGGAUUUCCAUACCCUUUCUACAUCUUCAUGGCAUAGCAGCCCAGGCAAUUUAAGAAGGGGGAAUUAAAUGAUUUGCCAAUAAGACUUCCUGUUUAGAUGUACUACAUACAUUUUAGUAGUAAAACAAGCUGGGUGCUGCGGAUUACGUCUGUUAAUUCCAGCUACUUGGGAGCAGAGA